CCAAUAUCUUUUAUAGGUUAAAGUAUAAAGUAUAAACACAAAGCAAAAGCAGUUAUUUUAAUUUUUUAUGAAAAUGCAACAAGCUCGGGAAGAAAAGCAGUUAGAAUCUGCGUUAGAUUCAAUAAUUCAACGCAUAAAUGACCUGAAAGCCUCCGUUGCUUCAAUGAUUUUCAAAGUAGAGAAUGAAUACGAAACGUUAAAUUGGCCUACCUUUCUGGACAAUUAUGCGUUAUUAUCAGGCCAUCUCACCUCAUUAUCAAAGUUGAUGAAUCACGAUAAGUGUCCACCUCUGAGAAAUCUAACUGUGCUACCACUGAUGUUAUCGCCUGAACGUGACGAGCAGUUGGUGCAAGGUACCGAGGGGCGGGUGAUCACAUUUGCGCACGACUUGGUUCCAGAUUAUUUACGUACGAAAUUGGAACCGUUAGCGGAAAAUAAAAUGUUGCAGCUGGAGCAUAAAGCGACAAAUCUCACAUACGAUAAUGCUCAGAAGCAAGCAACAGCAUAUCAAAAAGUUGUCUCUCACGUAUGGGAUAUCGUAAAUAAAGCGAGGGAAGAGUGGGAAGUAGAAUCGUCUGCCAGAGGGAAUACGCAACAAAACUCUAGUGUCGCAGAUACUCACGUGCUUGUCGCAGCUGUAGGGAUGGGAAAAGGGCUUAAGAUGGUAACAAAUCCUAAUGGACAGCCCAACCCAAGCAGUGGCGGCAUGAUGGUCGCACCACAAGGACCCGGCCGUCCUGGCGCACCACCGGGUCAAGGCCAAAUCCCACAACCUCCCCAGGGAAUGAUGAGCAAGGCACCAUCCGCAAUUAAGACCAACAUUAAAAGUGCCACUCAAAUACAUCCAUACGGGCGAUAAUGCUCAAUUUGUUGUUAAUUUAAGAUUCUUCGUGUAUUAUUUAUAAUGGAAAAAGAAAUUAGUAAACGAUUAAUUUUGUA